UUUGCAGUGACUGCUGGAGCAGGGAGGGGCCAGAGACGCAGUGACCCGGAUGUACACUGAGCGACCAAAACAGCCACAGCCCCUGGUAGAGCGGUGAUCUGCGCUAGAUUAGUGUGGGAACAAUGUCUCGUGCCCGCCAACCUCCUCUAGUGACUGGCAUCUCGCCCAAUGAGGGCACACCAUGGACUAAAGUCACUAUCCGUGGAGAAAACCUGGGAACCGGACCCAAUGACCUUAUCGGUCUGUCUAUCUGUGGUCAUAACUGUCUGCUGACGGCAGAAUGGAUGUCUGCAAGUAAGAUUGUGUGUCGAGUUGGUCCUGCUAAAGAUGACAAGGGCGAGAUCAUAGUCACAACCAGGAGCGGAGGCCGAGGCACAUCCACUGUGUCCUUCAAACUCCUCAAACAUGAGAAGAUAGGUAUUCUGGAUCAGUCUGCUGUGUGGGUAGAUGAGAUGAAUUACUAUGACAUGCGGACAGAUCGGAACAAAGGCAUCUCCCCUCUGUCUCUGCGGCCAGCCAACCCACUAGGAAUUGAAAUUGACAAGGGCAAAGUUCCACUUAAGGAAUUGGAGAGUAUGUUCCCAGGGAUGAGUGGAGACUUCACCAGUGAGAAUUUUUCUGCCACUUGGUACCUUAUUGAGAACCACUCUGUUACCAGUUUUGAACAGCUCCGUAUGGCUGCAAGUAAUCUGAAGAAACAGGCCAGUAAGAAGAAUGAGGGCAGUCUGGCUUAUGUGAAAGGAGGGCUCAGUACUUUCUUUGAAGCCCAGGAUGCUUUGGCUGCAAUUCAUCAGAAACUUGAGUCCGAUGGCACUGAGAAGGUGGAAGGCUCGAUGACGCAGCGUUUGGAAAAUGUCCUUAACAGAGCGAGUGACACAGCUGACACGUUGUUUCAGGAGGUUCUGGGCCGAAAGGAUAAAGCUGAUUCCACACGCAACGCACUCAAUGUCCUGCAGCGUUUUAAAUUCCUUUUCAACCUGCCACUCAAUAUUGAACGCAACAUACAAAAGGGAGAUUAUGAUGUGGUCAUUAAUGACUAUGAGAAGGCCAAAUCUCUGUUUGGUAACACAGAAGUUCCUGUCUUCAAAAAAGUGUAUGCAGAGGUGGAGACUCGUAUCAGUGCUCUGAGAAACCUUUUGCUUGAUAAGUUACUGGAAACUCCUUCUACUCUUCAUGAUCAGAAACGCUACAUCAGGUACCUGUCAGAUCUGCAUGCUCCAGGUGACCCAGCCUGGCAGUGUAUUAUUGCACAGCACAAGUGGAUACUGCAGCUGAUGCAGAACUGCAAAGAAGACUUCAUCAAAGAGCAGAGAGGUGGUGGAGGUUUGGAGCUGGAUGGAGAUCAUCGCUCAUCUGCUCUGAGCAGGAUCAGUCACACAGCGUCUCUAAGGAGGGGCAGUAGCUUCCAGACACCCAGAGAUGACUCUUGGCACUAUAAAAGCCCUCAGCAGGUGAGGUUUGUGGAGAAGCUCUCAGAUGUGGUUAUCAGCCAGCUGCCAAACUUCUGGAAGCUUUGGAUCUCUUACGUUAACGGCAGUCUCUUUAGCGAGACUGGAGAGAAAUCAGGCCAGGUAGAGAAGCUGAAGAAGAAUGCCAGACAGAGACAGAAUGACUUUAAAGGCAUGAUUGAGGAGGUGACUCGGCGUUUAGUACAGCUGGUGCGUGGGGCUCUGUUGCCCGGCACUCUUCGUGAGGACCAGAGGCGCCUCUAUGGUGGCUGGGACACCAAGACCCCCCUCACUGGAACCUGGCUAACACAGGUCAUACACACCAUCAGGCUAAGCCACGAGGCUCUCUCUGCUCUAGAGAUUCCUAAUGAUCUACUGCAGGUGAUUCAGGACCUUCUCCUGGACCUUCGUGUGCACUGCCUGCUAACCACCCUGCAGCACACUGCUGAGGAUGUAAAGAGACUCCCUGAGAAAGAAGACUGGGUUGUAGACAAUGAGGGAACCACGUCACUGCCAGCACAGUUUGAGCAGUGCAUCGUGCAGAUGCUACAAUCACUUAAGGAGCCCAUGGAGAGCAAGCCUGGAGAGGUCAACGUUUUUCAGCAGGAGCUGGCCCAGGAUGAGGCUUGUAAACUGUGUGUGGGCAUCAUGAAGGCUUUCAUUAGCUGUCUGGAACAGCUAAGCACCAAGACUGAUGGAGACAUUGAUACCUCCCAUUUGUCGGUGGACAUGGCAUCACCUGAUGUCUUUGGAAGCAUUCAUGAAGACUUUAGUCCAUCACCAGAACAGCGUCUCCUCAUCAUUCUGAGUAACUGUCAGUAUUUGGAGAGGCACACCUUCCUCAACCUUGCCGAUCAUUUAGAGAAACACGGCUUCACCACAGCUGAAAAAAUCACGAGAGUGAGCAAAGAGGCGGUCCGUGAGUUGGAUGAGCGUCUGUUUGAGUCCUACAUUGAGAAGAAGUCUGACCCUAUUGUAGGCUCUCUGGAGCCGGGAAUCUAUGCUGGCUAUUUUGACUGGAAGGACUGCCUACCACCUACAGGUGUGCGUAGUUAUUUGAAGGAAGCUUUGGUGAGCAUCAUCUCUGUUCAUGCUGAAGUGUUCACAGUUUCUAAGGAGCUGGUUCCUCGUGUGUUGUCGAGGAUAAUUGAAUCAGUGGCUGAAGAAAUGAGUCGUCUAAUGCAGUGUGUGUCAUCGUUUAGCAAGAAUGGAGCUCUGCAGGCACGGCUGGAAAUCUGUGCACUAAAGGAUGCUGUAGCCGCUUACCUGACAACAGAGAGCCAGGCCAGUUUCAAGCAAGCCCUGGAGGCUUUACCACAGCUUCAAAGUGGAGCAGACAAAAAGCUCCUGGAGGAGUUGCUGAAUAAGUUUAAGAGCAGUAUGCAGUUUCAGCUCACCUGCUUUCAGCCGUCCUCUGUUCAGCCUGUCAAGAGAUAAGCUGUUAUAUAUAUACAUGCCGUGCUUUCUAAUACAUUACAGCAGACAAAACAUUUCACAUCUUGCUGUUUCUGUGAAUGUGUUUGUAUUGUCUUAAGUAUGACUAAGAUUGUCUAUUACACUAUUACACUAAUAAUCUGCCAACUCUGUCUGAUGUUUAUUACUACUGAACUGUAUUCACAGUACUGUCUUAUUACUUCAUGCAGUACGUUAUCUGCAGUGUAUAUUAAAAGAAACAAAACUCGA